UGUUCUUUUAAGGCAGCCACAUAAUUGUUUUUUCCUUCAAACAAAUCAAGUUCAGACGAUUAAUAACAACAUUUAGUGGCGUAAAUGGAAUAUAAAGCCAUGGAAAUAAUAUUUAUUACUAUUGCAGCAGUAGUGACGUUGGCUGCCACCCAGGGUUCGAGAAAUGAUGAGUGCCACAUUGAGCCGGCGGAUGUUGUGUUUGUGCUGGACUCGUCCUACAGUAUCUGGCCUCCAGAUUUCUACAGAGAGGUCCAAUUCAUGCAGAAAGUAAUCGAAACGUUUGACAUUGGGGAGGGGAACGAUAAAACUCGGGUGGCGGCCCUGACAUAUGGGCACAAAGUGUGGCCAAAGUUUUACUUAAAUACUUACAAAGAAAAAGCUCAGAUGUUGCGGGCAACAGAGACUAUCGUCUAUGGUGAGGGUAAAACCACGAACACAGGUGAUGCACUCUCGUUUGCGCGGGAUGUCAUGCUGACUGAAAGAGCAGGUGCAAGGGCAAACGUGACAAAGAUUGUGAUAGUAGUGACAGACGGGUACUCCCAGAAAACAUGGUUCACACAAGAGAUGGCCAAGGUGCUGCAAGACGAUGGCGUGUUUCUGUUUGCAGUCAGCGUCGGCAUGCGUCUGGAUCACAUGGAACUCGCAGGCAUUGCCAGCGACCCAGAUGCAAAGUACUUCUUCAACAUCGACAAGUACAGUGAAAUGUCGUACAUCAAACAAACCAUCGAGAACAAAAUUUGUGAAAACAGGGCUGCACAAGACUCCUGGAAUAUCACCGACACCGACAACUUUGCGGAGUUCAAAGCAGGCACCACUGAAGAAAUCAUACUUGAUUGUGAUGGCAAAGCAGCAGACAUAUAUUUUGCAAUAGACGCUUCAUACAGUAUAAACCAAGACAACUUUGGAAAGCAGAUGGAAUUCAUUCAUGGAGUGGUUGACAUUCUUGAUGUCGCACCAAACAGAACGCGUGUUGGUUUGAUUACCUUCAGCGACGAUGUCACGUUCGUCGUCAAACCUGAACAAAAGUUGUCAAAAGAAGAGUUCAUGAUGUAUUCGAACACUGCAAAAUACAGCGGUGGAGGAACUGAUACGGCAAAUGCUUUGAGAGCGUUACGCGAGGAAGGGUUUUUCGGACCAUCAACUUCCCAAAGAGAUGGAGUGGCCAAAAUCGUAAUUAUAUUGACUGAUGGUUUGUCAGUCUCCCCGGAAUCCACAGUGAUGGAAGCAAACAAUCUGAGGAAGGCUGGAGUGGAGAUAUUUUCCGUCGGGAUUGGAGAAGGGAUCGACAAGAAAGAGCUCAUAGACAUCGCAAGUCAGCCAUCAGAUAAGUUCAUGCUUCACGUCGAGGACUUUGGAGCUCUCAUGAACAUUCGACUGAAGCUGGCUGCCAGGUCUUGCACGGUGAAACCUUCAGAUAGCGUGUCAUUUGCAGCCGAUCAGGCGGUUUGCCACCCCAUGACCAAGACAGAUCUUCUCUUCGUGUUUGACGCACUCGAGAUUGGCAGCUGGCGUUCCCAGGCGAUCUCCCAGUUCAUUGAACAGAGCUUAACCUCUUUCAACUUGGCCACUGACCGCCUUCGUGUAGGCCGCGAGAUAGAAAACUGUCCCCGUAGAAACAUUCCUCUAGGAGGAGCUCUACAUGCCGCGGAUUUUGGGGCAGUUCAGUUUUCGUCUUUCACUGAACUGAUUCAGAGGGUGUCACGCGUAAGAUUCUCAGAGGAAAAUGGCGGACGUGCAAAUUCCACUCGAAUGCUGGUGUUGUUUGUGGAUUCAGAACAGAGGAUGAAUUAUGAAACCAUUGAAGCGGCGAAGAAACUGAAAGCGUCUGUGGAUUACUUUUACCUCGUGUCUAUAGGGAAGGGAAUGUACAAUAAACAUUUCGAGGACUUGGCCGACAAAGGCAGGACAUUGAAACUGAACAGCUACGAUCAACUUCCUGCAAAUACUGGGGACCUCAUGACGUCAAUCUGCGACUACUUUUUCAUGUCUUUCUAGUGUUCAACUAUUUGUGGGGGGGUUCUGCUCUCAAUAGUUUGUUUAAACCUUUGACCACUCAGAUACGUACUUCAUUCCAAACCCUGAGGUAAUGAUGAGCAGCAAACAUCAUAAAACCUGAACAGGCUGGGAGUUACUCGCAUGCUGGUCUGGUUAUAUGCUUGUUGCAUGUAGCCAUUUUAACUUUGCUUCUGAGCGGGAAAGGGUUUAACGUUACCAUGUGCCUUUGAAUUUAGUAAUGUCUGAUUUGCUAUAUUAUUCUCAUAGGUCACAAUCAUUUUGAAUAUGUCCCAAUUUACUUUCAAACAAAACUGCUUUUCUUUUAUUAUCAUGUUAAAGUCAUAUUGCUUUGGCUUUUUAUUGAUAUUCAUAAUUCCAAUAAACUUUUAACUAAUUUUUCUUCUAUUUUUAAAUCCUUAAUGGAAACAUUUGUGUAUAGAAAAUAUAUUUUGCCAAUAUUACACAAUUUUUGGGGGUAUUCGAACUUGCAAUUUAGUGAACAUGUCCUUCAAAUUAAACCCUUUUUUUAUUUGUUCUCCACAUCUGUCUUUUAAUAUGCCUUUUUCAACAAGAUUGAUGAGUCUGCAAUAUUAAAGUUCGACUUUAAUUGUGACAUGUUUGAAAUUUGACUAGAUUUACAAAUAGUGUAUGUUUUUUGUUAGUUUAGUUAGUUUGAAUGUGUUGGCCGUUUCCAAUUAUAAUAUUCAAGCUUGUAUGUAAACUUUUCAUGGAUAAUAAUUAAGAUGAGGUUGCAAGCAUGAUGCUUAUAGUUACAAAGGUAAGUGUAGCAAGCAGUAUAUUGAAAUACAUUUAAUCAUUGAAAAUCCUUAUCAAAGUGGAAAAUAACUUGUGUGGCAAACAAGUCAUGUCUCAAACGAGACACUGACUGUGAUUAUCAAUACGUACUGCAAUUUUGUCCUAAAUAUACUUUAGCAGAACAAAGAUGAUGGGAUACAAGUCAUGUCUUCUCUGAACCCUGAUUUUCACUUCCUAUUUACGAUUCUUUGUCAACGUUAAUUUUUACAUCGUGUCCUUUCAUUCAUUUGAGUUCAGCUAAUUGCUAUUCUUUUCAUCACAGUUCAAUAAACAUGCGUGUUUACUAAUGCACUGGAUUUUCGGGAUUUUGGCGGGUAUAGCAUCAUUCGAGGUCUGCUUACAGGAGAAAACGCAUGUUGUGAUUUAAUAUAUUUCGUCUACUGAAUGUUAUAAGUCAUGUAACUGACAUUUUUAUAAAUUUUUACUUUUUUCCAUUUUUGUGUUUAUUUAGGUGACAUACAUCAACUGUUAAAAUUUUAAGUCAACCUUAUUGGUAAAAAUAAUGUUUUUACCAAAUUUUCGAAAUUGACAUUAAGAACACAUUUCAUUUUUUUAAUGUAAAAAGUAGCAUUACUGACAUUUUGUUACAUUUUUAGGAGAAGCAAAAAACUGUUUUGUUAAAAUAAUAAACAUGUUUUCGUAUUCAAAUUUUCUGAUUACAUAGUAUUAUAAUAACAGAAAACAAAACAAUUGAUAUGUCAUUUUUAAAACAAUAAAAAAUUUAGAAAUGAGCAGUAACCAUAAUUUCAACACUGAAAUAUUUUGAAUGCCAAAAAUCACGUAAGUGCUCUUACUGUAUUUUGGAAAAUGUCGGAAAAUAUGCAUUCCUGAACAAUUUAUAAAAUGUCAGUUACCCUAGUUAUUACAUUCAGUAGAUGAUUUGUAAUAGUAAUUAUUAUACUCAUUUUAGGUUUUAGGAAUUAAUAUUAUUAUUACUUCAGGUUUAAAUGUACAUUUUCAUAUAGAAUUAUGCUGUUGAAUUGGUGUGUUUAUAAGAUUGUAUUUUUUCUAGUCAACUAGUAUGGGUGAGGCCCAACACUCGGCAGCAUGACAAUUGACAAUUUACGGGCACAGAUUUCCAGAGCCUUUUCCCUAGACAUGCGAAAAGGGUUUUUAUUUCUGUUUUUCCUGGGCGAGUCAUGAUGUUGCAUUUUAUACACAUCCUAGUUUAAGAAGUAAUGUGUAUUUUGGAAAUAAACUGUCAAGUUUAUGCUUUGUUUGUGUGACAAUAAUAUGUUUAGAUGUUUAACUAUUAGAUAGUUAAGAAUGAUUUUUUUGUCCCUGGGUUUUGAAUUGGCAAGAACUAUGAUCUGUGAAUGCACUUGUCUACUUACAUAAAUCCUGUUGGUAAAACGGCUACAAUAAAAGCGGACUGCCUUCUACAU